CUUUUUGCUCAUCUCAUCUUCCUUUGUCUGCAGCAGAUGUGAUGUUACGUUUGAAAGUCCCAAGGACAGCAACUUUGAGUCUCACCCAGCACAGCUUCCUGGGAAGGUGGAGAAUAUCGACGCUGCUGUCAGUGAUCCAGCUGUCAUGAUUGGACGAGACGCAGGGGUUACACCUCCUCUACCUGUUACCAACCAAUCAAUGAAAGCGAAGCUCGCCCGUCUCUCCCUCUCCCUGCCCCCUCUUGCUCUCUCUCUCCCUGUCUCACCCAACCCCUGCAGAGGAUUCUGGGAAGGGGCUGAAGAAGGGGUCAGGGUAGGUCGCCGAGGGAGAGGAAGUGACCCAGAUGAGGAGGAGGAGGAGGAAGAGGACGAGGAGGGGGCGGGGCGGGUGAUCGUUGUCACGGAGACAGAUGUGGAGAGGCGGCUGGGCCUGCGCAGUCUGCUGAAGUCUCCUCGUGAGCCGAUGGAGAGAGAGAGGGAGGGCGAGAGAGACAGAUCACGCAAUGUGUCCUUCUUUGAUGAUGUCACCAUUUAUCUCUUUGAUCAGGAAACGCCUACAAAUGAGCUCAGCUCUGGCUCUGCCCCCACCAGCCCCACCCCUUCCUGUGAUGUCACAGGAGACCCCGCCUCCAGGACACAGGAACUGGGUGUCGGAGGCGCCAGAGAGGACCCUGUGAUCGGCGUCGGGGGGGCGGAGUCCAGGCUGCCGGCGCUGCCGUCCCGGUUCACUGUUAGCCCCGCCCAUGACCCCCAUUUAGUCUGAGCGUCCGAGUGCCCGCCCCCCCGCCGGCCACGCCCGCUCGUGCCCCGGUCCCUCUCCUCCCGACCUCUGACCUCUGACCUCCGGGAGGGCGGUGUUACCUCUGAGGCCCCGGGUUCGAGCCCCUGGGGCAGGAGCUGUGGAGGAGCGUGGGGGGUCGGUGUCGGAAGAGGUCGAUGAUCAAAAGCAGUUUUAUUUAUUUGUCGGAGGGUCACGUCUGUCGGCACCGGACCGCUUUAGUGCUGCAGGCCGAAGAGUUAGGGUUCUGUCGGGCCCAUGUCUGUGCCUGUACUGGUACUAGAACUGGGUUCUACUGGACCUGCACAGCUGGACUAAUAACUCAAUAUGAAGAACAGGUCUGGGAGAGGAGAUCACGGCAUAUUUCUAAUAUUUACUUUCUUGGUCUUAAUAAACCAUUUUUUACAAUC